AUUUGAGAGGUAGGGCAGGAAAAGCGCAGAUGAAACGUGAAACGUAACUCGACCCUCAGAAAAACAGCAGCUUCACUGACACUUCCGAUCAGUACACGUUAGUCUACUUUUGGGUGACAAAUUUUCAUGUUGUUGCAAGCGCCAGAGAAAUGUCGACGUUGAUUGUAGAUUUCUCUCGUUCAAUGUCCUCUUUCUGGCGCGUACUUUUCGUUGCUGCUCUUCUGCUUUGUUUGGCCAGGAGUAGCUUAACUUGCCCAGAGAAUUGUCUAUGUUACCGGACGCAUGCCGGACCAACUGUGCGCUGCAACCACCAUUCUUUGUCAAGAAUACCAAAUGUUCCAGCUUCGACUGUUGUGUUGGAUUUGAGAUUCAACAAUAUAUCAGUAAUCAGUAAUGGGGACCUGGCACAGCUGCGAUACCUCACCACACUAUAUCUACACCUGAACGAAAUAGAAGACAUUCCCGCAUUCACAUUCAAUGACCUUACCGCUCUUGAACGAUUGUAUCUUCAUCACAACCGCCUAAGAUCUGUUCCAAGGGGAUUGUUUAAAAAUUUGGAGUCAUUAAGAAGACUCCGACUCGAUUCCAACCCACUGAACUGUACCUGUGAUGUCCUGUGGCUUUCUCAGCUGCUGAAGAAGACACCAAAUACGGAGACAGCGGCUACUUGUGGUGAACCACCCCGCCUAAGAGGGACAGCUUUAGUGCGUCUUACUCCAGAAGACGUCAACUGCAUACCACCAUCGUUUGUAAAAAGGCCAGCCAACAUAGAAGUCUCAGUGCGAGAUCGUCAGGUGCUGUUCAGAUGCCUUGCCACAGGCAACCCAACACCGACUAUAUCAUGGCGGAAAAACGGCAAGCCCCUAAAGCCGGACACACGUCAUGUCAUGAGCGAGAGCGGCGCGCUAAGUAUUUUUGAUCCUAAGUUUGACGAUGAAGGAAAUUAUGAGUGCGUGGCAGAAAAUUCUGCUGGGGAGAUCGUCAGUAAGGCAGCACUAAAUUAUCAUGGAGUUGAAGCUCCGCCGUUCCUCGUCCAGUACCCUCAUUCCAAGGUGGAAUCUAUUGAAGGCAACCCAGUGACUUUCACUUGCCGCGCCCGCGGUAACCCUAAGCCUGUUAUCGAAUGGACUAAAGAAGGAACACCGCUGGCCUUUAUUCAUCAUUAUAGAGUCUUGCCAUCCGGGGAUUUGUACAUUCCGGAAGUGCGCGUCGUUGAUCAUGGGAUGUACAGAUGUCGCGCAUCCAACAGGGCUGGAGCCGUGGCAGCGACGACCAGAUUGACUGUGACGGCUCAACCAAAAUUUACUACAAGACCCGAAAAUACUGAAGUAUUAGAGGGAAGUACGACGGAAUUAAAUUGCCGAGUCAGCGGUUACCCACUACCAGCUAUCGCCUGGACCAAAGAUGGCGACCGACUUCCGUCACCAGACCGUCAUAUUGUCCUGCCAUCGGGGACUUUACGAAUAUUGUUUGCGUCACGAAGUGACCAGGGACAGUAUGAAUGCCAAGCGAUUAACAUCAUCGGAGUGAGACUGGCGAGAGCAUUUCUGACAGUGAAACCUCGAGUUCCUCCCUCCAUUGUGGAAUCCCCCACAGACAUCAUUGUGACCGCUGGUCGCACAGUUGAAAUUCGCUGUUCAGCUUAUGGCGCCCCUAAGCCAAUAAUAACAUGGAUCAAAAACAAUGUACACAUUACAGAAGCGAACAGGUAUUCUGUGAGCAAAUCCGGGACCUUAAGCAUCCGGGAUGUUGGAAAGACUGAUGAAGGGCGUUACGAAUGCGCAGCACGCAACAGCAUUGGCGCCGCGUCUGCGCAGAUGACACUAACAGUACAGAUUCCCUCGGAUGAAAACCGUAUCGGCAUUGAUGUUAUCAACCGAACAAUUGGUAUAGCCAGGGAAAACGUUAACAGAGCAAUAAACGCCAGCAUAAAAAUGCUGUUUUCUUCUUCACAACCAAGGAAACCCAGCGAUCUUCUCGCUUUGUUCCGCUUUCCGUCUCCUGCGGCUCAACAGAUCGCAAAAUCUGCCGAAAUCUUCGAACGCACGAUCCAGCUUGUCCACGAGCACGUCAAAGAAAUGGAUAGGGUGAACAUUAGCAACGAGAAGUACAAUUUCUUUCAUCUGUUGUCUCCGCAGCACGUCAGUGUUAUCGCCAACUUGUCGGGAUGUAGUGCUCAUCGCCGAAUCAACAACUGCUCCGACAUGUGCUUUCACCUCAAGUACCGCACGAUCGAUGGUACAUGCAACAAUCUACAGCAUUCCAUGUGGGGAGCCUCACUGACACCUUUUAAACGUCUGCUAAGUCCCGUUUACGAAAAUGGUUAUAACACGCCGGUGGGUUGGCAGGACACGGAGGGGCGCCCAAGCGCGCGUCUUGUAUCUACAGAACUGGUGUCAUCUAAAGAAGUCAGCGAAGAUGAAAAGUUCACUCACAUGUUGAUGCAGUGGGGGCAAUUCCUCGAUCACGAUAUUGAUUUUAUUGUGAGUAGCUUAAGCACGCUCAGGUUCAGCGAUGGUCUCGACUGCACAAAAAAUUACGGGUUUUGUGAUAAUCAGCCACCAUGUUUUCCUAUCGCAAUCCCGGACAACGACAAACGCAUCAAUAAUAAUGGACAUAAAUGUCUGCCUUUUACUCGUUCGAGUGCAGUUUGUGGCACGGGGAUGACGUCCGUGUUUUUCAGUGCUGUCACUCCCCGGGAACAGAUGAACCAAAUCACCUCGUACAUCGACGCAUCAAAUGUUUAUGGCUCAUCAAAAGAGGAGGUGAUGAACUUGCGAGAUUUAGAAAGUAGAGGACUUCUUAAAUCAAACUCCAGCAUCGGCAGUGGAAAACCCUUGCUGCCCUUUAACCGCGACACUCCUAUUGAAUGUCUUCAAUCCGAAGACAGUCCUGUCCCGUGUUUCCUUGCGGGAGAUUUCCGCGCCAACGAACAGCUCGGUCUGCUGUCGAUGCACACAAUAUGGGUGCGCGAACACAACCGCAUUGCGCAGGAGCUAGGAGACUUGAAUCCCCACUGGGAUGGGGAUAAAGUGUACCACGAGGCACGCAAAAUAGUGGGGGCCGAGAUGCAACAUAUUUCCUACACCGAAUGGCUCCCUAAGAUUCUUGGCCCUCAAGGAAUGGCUCUCAUGGGGACCUACAAUGGAUACGAACCAAAUAUUGAUGCAGGGAUCGUCAACGCUUUUGCAACAGCAGCCUUUAGGUUUGGUCACGGACUAAUCAAUCCGAUACUCUUCCGUCUCAACUCUUCUUUUCAACCAAUCGAGCAAGGAAAUAUUCCUCUACACAAAGCGUUCUUCUCACCCUAUCGGCUGGUCACCGAGGGUGGAGUGGACCCAAUUUUGCGUGGGCUCUUUGGAAGGGCCGCCAAGAGUCGAGAUGACAAACAUCAGCUUAUAAAUUCGGAGCUCACAGAGAGGCUCUUUGAAAUGGCUCAUGAGGUAGCCCUCGAUCUUGGUGCGCUCAACAUACAAAGAGGACGGGAUCAUGCGUUACCAGGAUACAAUAGUUGGCGUGGUCUUUGCAAUCUUUCCGUGGUAGAAACGUUUGAUGAUCUUAAAAACGAGAUUGUGGAUAGCGAUAUUCGCGCCAAGUUGAAAGAACUGUAUCAACAUCCAUCAAACAUCGACUUGUGGGUGGGAGGACUCCUGGAGGAAUUGGCACCUGGUGCCCUCGUUGGACCAACAUUUACUUGUAUCAUUGCUGAACAGUUUAGACGAACGAGAGCUGGAGAUAGAUUCUGGUACGAAAGCCCAUCCACUUUUGAUCAUUCUCAGUUGAUUCAAAUCAAACAAACGUCGUUGGCUAGCGUGUUGUGUGACAACGGGGAUGCGAUUGACCGGGUUCAGCGGGACGUAUUUCUCCGCGCCACCUACCCCGAGGGAUAUGUGUCGUGUUCUUCCAUUCCCCGCAUGGAUCUCCGCAUGUGGAAAUAUUGCGAGCAUGGUCACUGCUCCACCCCAGACAACACCCCUACGUUCAGUAAUCAUAUUCAGGGACGUUUGUUUAAGCGAUCAGUGGAGGAAUAUUUCUCAGAAACAGAAAAUCAAAGACACGAGGAAGAGGAAGAAAAUAAUGAUCCGAACUUGGAAGAAGGAGAGAAGCUUGUUACAUCGCCAACCGAGGACGAAAAAGAAGGAGUAAUUGAGUUUACCUCGGAAGAAAACAUUUUGAGUUUGAAUAAAAGAGUUCAACUUCUUGAAAAUACAGUAGCAAAAAUGGCUAACACUUUGACCACAUUAGAAGACGCAUUUAAAAGUCUACAAAAACAGGUUGGAGAAACAAAAGAAAAAGCAAAAACGAAAGAAACAAGAAGUUGUGGAGUUGUUCAAGGCAGUGCUCGUCAAGAGGGGGAAACGUGGCAAAAAGAUGUUUGUACCAAUUGUUCAUGCAAAGAAGGAGAAGUUCAGUGUAAUGAAAUAAUAUGCAAAGAGGUUUCAUGUAAGGAAUAUUACCGGGAUGAUAAUGAAUGCUGCCCGCGUUGUUUAGAGUAAAAUGGUGGCUUUGCUUGUCAAGUACCACGGUGCAUCAGCUGUCACUUAUGCGGUUACCAUGGAAACUACCUGGUCUCUUAUAGCAGUCAAGGAAAGAUUCUAAGUGAGACUGAUGUAACUUAAAGCGACCACGGAGACCUCAGGCGUGUAUUUUAACAUGAGAUUCAUUUCUUGCUUGCAAUAUGCUGCAGUGCCUCGGGCAGAGAUUUUUCUUCUGUAAGGGAUGCUAUAUCUUAGGAGCUUUGGGCUAUGGGAUAGAUAACAUAAAUUGCGAUGCUGUUUAGUGAAAAUUAUGAUGAUUUUUUUAGAUCAUGCAUUUUAAAAGUCAAUUGCAUUUUGUAAAUUUUUUCCAUAAGUUCUUUGUGUAGUGUAUUGUUAAGAAAUGAUAAUCAUGUUUCCAAAUUCUUUUUUUCUGUUUUCUCAUUUCUUUCUUGAAUCAAUGAGAUUUCAGUCGAGAUUUAAGGCUUUUUCUCCCUUCGCUAUAUGUGCAGCCCAGAGUAACAGUGCUUAUUGCGUGCACCGAUUGCCCAUCUGGGAAGUUAUUUUCAAGUACUAUCCAUCUCCGAAAAGACAAAACCGCGCGUCAAGAGUUAAAUUUGCGAUCAUGCUUCCUUAUAUUGACCGAUAGAAAUUACUUCUUUAGUUAUCUUGUGGUAUUUAUCAAAACAAUUAUUUCUCUCUGUUCGGUUAAAUGGUGGAUAUUCACCUCUCUGCUUUGUAGUUUAUUAAAUUUCCUGCACGUUUCACA